CUUAUUUCUCUUCUCUUUUUUCUUUCGUCAUUCCUCUUCUCUCCGUUCAUCCACCGCCUCUCUGCUUCUCAUCUCCCAUUCGUUCUUCCUUCGAAGCAAAACGAGGAUCCAUUCAUAACUCAUGGCAGCUUCUGCCCUAGCUGCUCGUAGUCCUGCUGUUUCUACAAAUAUUGGUCCCAGCAAGAUUAAGGCACCCGGUGACAAAGCUAUCACUAAACCUCAGAGUGCGUCUGCAAAAACGACUACCAGCUUGCGUUUGCCUACUCCUCCUAAAUCAACCACGCCAGCUGUAAAGCCAACUACAUCAGCUGUAAAGCCAACUGCAUCAGCUGUGAAGCCAACUGCAUUAGCUGUAAAGCCAACUGCAUCAACUGUAAAGCCAACCACACCGGCUGUAAAGCCAACUACACCAUCUGCAAAAUCAACCAUACCUAAACCACCAACUGCAACAUCAAAACCAGCAGCAACAGCCACUAAAGGAUCUCUAGCAUCUAAAACGACAGCUAUAAAAAGUCCGGGGUCAUUAAAUUCGAUGUCAAAAACUGCGACUACAGCUGCAAGCAUGAAGCCUACCGCUAAAACUGCUGCUACUAAUGCUGCUUCAAAGACGAUUGCAACUAAAUCAGGGGCAGCCCAAACGGUAAAGAAGCCGGCCACUCCCACCAGUCGACCAACCACAUCCACUCCUGCUCCCCGAUCUGCUGCUGCGCCCAAGCCGCCUUCAGCUUCAUCAAAAUCAUCCACUUCUGCUUCUAAAUUACCUGCCACCUCAGCAAAGUCCCCUCCUGCUGCUCCCAGAGUACCUCCAGGGUCCUCCAAAUCACCUGCAACAGCAUCGAAGCCGCUAACGAAAAUAACCCCAGCUACAAAGCCAACAGCUCUAACAUCAACUACUACGGGCGCAAAGAGGCCGACAGCAUCAUCACCUUCCACUGGUGCAAAGCCGAGUGUAGGCUCAGCUUCUACAGCAUCGCGCCGUACUCCAGCAACAGCUACAGCAAAGACGACAACACCCAUCAAGGCUAUGCCUGCGACGGCCGCAGGGUCUGCAGCUAAACCACCUGCUGGGGGACGUGCGCCUCUUAAUAUGACCCCUACAACCAUUCGUACCCCAGCACGUACAUCAUCAACUGCUUCGACUCUUAAAAAAGAGUCCGCUCCAGGAACCCUCAAGACAGCAGCUACGGCUACUAAGAAGUUAAGCGUUUCAGCUGGUCGUGGAGCCCCUUCGCCUGCUGGAAGUGCCCAACCCGUUAAAUCUACAGGCUUGGCUACAAAGUCUGCUACAGCAUUAGAGUUGAAGAAGACUAUCGCUAAUAUCAAGGUUAAGCUUGAUGAAGCCUCGACACGUCUACAGGCGAAAGAAGUUGAGCUUGCAGCUGUCCGUCAGCAGCUAGAGAGCGGGUUAUACUCGGACAAUUAUGCGGCGACAGAAACCGCCUCGAGCGAUGGAGGCGAGACGCUCGUACCUGAGAUUGAUCUUUCGAAACUGAUUUCCAAGGACAAGGAUGUUGUUAUGCCUGCCAUUAGUGCAAAGGAUAAGGUGGUGACGAAAAAGAAGCAUCAAAUCAGAACCCUCAGGGCGCGUAUUCAGCGGCUUCGUUUAGAACACGAGAAACGAGUCAAGGAGCUGGAGAAGGUUGAGACUGAAUGCAAAGCUGCAUAUGAAACUGAUGUUGUUGCUCUUCAGCAGAAACUUGCUGAUUCUACUCAGAAAUACAAUGAUGUGAUUGCUCUUCGUAAGAAGCUGGCAGACGCGAAGGCAUUGCAUGCUACCACUAUUGAGGAACUCAAUAGGAUUCACGAUGACAAGCUCCAUAGUCUAGAGUUGGAGUUGCAAGCGUUCAGACAAGAAAAGCCAAGUCGUGUAAGUCCCGAUGUAGGGAAAAACGCUCAAGAUAGAUAUCGCCAAGAUCUUGAGAGCAUUAAGAACGCCAACAGAAAGGAACUAUCGCAGCUUCUAAAGCAGCAUCAGGAUGAGAUUGAUGCGAUCAAAGCUCAAUUUGAAGAAGAAAAGAGGCAGCAAGUUCAGGAGCAUGAGGCUGAGGUGAAAGAGAGGCUUGAUUCAGAUCUAGAGCAAAUCAAGGCUUCGCAAGCUUCUCUCUUGGAUAGUCGUUUGGGUGCCGAGUCUGGAAUGGUCGAGGUGUUGGAACAGAGGCAUGCACGUACUAUGGAGGAUUUUAAGGCUAAGCUUCAAAAAGAUCAUCAGCACUAUCUAGGCUCACUCCGAAAUAAGCAUCAGAGUGAGAUCUCUAGAUUAGAAGCCAAGCAUACAGAGCAAUUGGCUGCGCUUGAGAGCAAGCUCAAGACAUUGCAAGAAAAGUAUGAGUCAGACCUGGCGAGUAUUCGUUCUAAAGCUGAAGCCCAAAUUAAGGAACUCAAGUUGCACCAUAGCAAUGAGAUUGCAAGGCGCAACGAGAAACAUGCAGCAGAGUUGGCGACUUGCGAGAUCACUGUUAAGGAGAAGGUCCAACGCGAGCUUGACUCGUAUAAAAACAAGUUUUCAACCUUCGUCGCUGAGACUCAGAAGACUCAAGACGAAUCGAUGAGAGAUCUAGAGGCUAGCUACGAAAUCCGGAUUGCAGAGCUUAUUGUAGAGCAUGAGAACCAUGUUCGCGAGCUGGAGAACGAAGCAAACGAGCAAGUCCAGCAAGAAAUUGAUCGAGUCGAAAUGGAAUUCGAUCUUGAUCGUGAACGCCUGGCACAAGAUCAGGCUAAAAAACUGCAACAGUUAAAGGUUGAGCAUGAUCUGGCUAUUGAGAAGUUAGAGGACCAGCUUUCCAGAGCUGAAGGGCGUGCUAAGGAGGCUAUUGAAGGGCUCAAAGAAGCAAGACGUAAGCAUGAGGGCGAAAUGAGUGAAAUCAAGGCCGAUGUACAGGCAGAGUUGAGUACGAUUCAAAUCUCAAUUGAAGCUAUGACUGCUUCUCAAGGCGAUAACAAGGAUGCAUCAGAGGCUCUACAAGCUGGGCAUGCUGCGAUUCUUCACGCUGAGAAAUCAGCUCACGAGUUGAAGCUCAGUGAAUUCUUGGCAAAGAAAGAGGCUGCGUGGAAGGCUAAGAAUGGAAGUUUGUUGAAGCAGGUCCAAGACAUACGUGAUCAACUUGAUAACGUUAGAGCUGAACGAGACAGAGCUCAUACAACUACUGAUGCUACAGAGACGCGUCUAAAGAAUGAACACUCUGUCGCAGAGGAGGGUCUUAAAAGAGGCUUUAACUCACGCCGAGAACAUUAUGAAGAAGCAACUCGUACUCAAUUGACUAGGAUGACCGAAGCCCACCAAGAGCAUGCCGAUGCACACAAGAACAAACUUACAGACCUCACUACAUCACAUCACCAAAAGCUGCAGGCACUGAAAGACGAGCAGGAAACACAGAUGAAGAAACGUGAACAAGAACAUACGGAACGUGUCUUGGCCUUACAACAAUCGCUUGAGGCUAAAAACAAAGUCGUUGCUGGAUUGAAUCAGAAUGCCUUUGGAGUCGCCCAGGCUGUUCAACAGGCCAUAGAGGAGUUAGCGCGAUUGAAGAAACAAAACGACGUCCUGAAAGCUGAAAAUGAACGAUUGGAUCAGGCACCCAAGCAGCUUCAAGCCUCCAAAUUAGUGCUCGCGUAAAGCAGAGCAUGGAGACAACGAUCAUUAAAAUACCCAUAGUAUCAUACCCCGUAUCCAUAGUCCAGUCUUUCACACAACUUAUUUUACACAUAUAGUAGCGUCUAUUUUCUAGUUAUAAAGCUGU